AUGCCGAUUUGCCAAUAUUCCAGCCAACGUGACUGCUGGAAGUUGCUGUCAAUUGCUAUUUCGUAUCUUGCUUUGCUAUGGACGCGUCUCGGCCUCUACUCGCCGGUGACGAUAACGAUAACGAUGAGAUCGUCACUCGACCCACAACUUCUUCAAUUUGUUGUCGUUCAAGUGGCAAUGAAACCCUUAGUGCCAAAUCCAUGUAUAAAGCAAACGGUGACCACUCGAUCGUGCAGUAAGUGGCCGUGCUGGAAGUGGAUCUUUCCUAGUCGUAUUGGAGAGUAUGAGGACUUUGCAACGGCAGCGCAGAUGGGAGAGAUCUACGCAUUGCGACAAACGGCACGCAAACAAUUUGAACCAACUUUACCAGAAGACGAUAAAAUGUUGCAACACCUUUGGGAUGGCUUAUACCCCACAUUGCCUUACGAAGGCCGCGUCAACGUGCGAUGGCGGGACGUUGGUUUUCAAAAUGACGACCCGGCAUCGGAUCUGCGCACAUCUGGACGACUAGCCAUUCAGAUGCUUCUUUACUUCUCAGACCACCUAAAUGACGAAUUUAAGCGAAUUAUUCGCGAGAAUCGUUUUCCUAUGUGCAUAUGCGCGCUCAAUUUGCUGGAAGUGUUGCUGUGUCAUCUUAAACUGAAAGAGCCAUUGCCACUUGUUUGUCCGUGUUGUGGCACGGAAAAUGCUGAGCUUGAAACGUCAAAGAAGCCAAGUCAAACCCAUCCGGAACUGUGUGGCUUCAUAGCACUUGUGGAAGACGCGUCUGCUCAUCAAAUAUCCUUUUCAGGAGGUGGACCUGCAGAAACUGCUUUGGCACACAUAUUCGUGCAUUCGCUUCUAGUUAUGGAUGGCGUGUGGAAGCAGCAGCUGCAACGAGAUCCAACUACAACGCUGAUGCACUUCCGCGAAGCUUUAGUCGAGACAAGAGUGCGUAUUGUAGCUUUUCUAUCACGCCGACAAAUGCGUUUGACACUUAAAGAACUCGAUAAGUGGGGUUAUCGACAACGAGCACGGUGCCAGUGA